AUGGACGAUGUGUUAGUAGAAACGUCCCAAUUACGGGACCCCGAUUUCGACGUAGUACAUUAUUACCGGCAGCGGGUAGUCGAACAGAAGUCUCCGGACCAUCAGGCCUGUUUUCUCGCUCGAGGAGAACCCGAGUACUGCCUAAUGGGGGAUGCGCUCGCUCUAGAGGUCAAGCACAUUCUUGAGGAGUACCACCCGUGGCCCGAGGACCCGAGGGACGCGUUCUAUCCGCCCCGGUUCGUGGUUGUUCAGUAUUAUGACGACGUGACGGUACGAGACCUGUACCUCGAACGUACCUUAUCCAUACCGGUCAAGUUCCUCUUGAACCCUAGGUUUGACCUGCUAGGUUACUUUGCCCGGAACGUCCGACGGUUCUUCACGGCGCCUGCCUUUGAGCUUGAUGACCUGGAGGGCGAAUUUCGAGUCCUGUUUACGCGUACGCAACGCCCUCGUAUCAGUCCUCCAAUCCCACUGUUUGCAGUACAACCAAAGACUCACCGCGCUGAAUCUGACAGCAGCUUGAGCGCGCUACAGCGCAAUGCAGCCGCGCCUCGGGAUUUCUCUCGACUUAUCCCGGAACCGGUCGUCGUAGUUGUCCAGGUUAAUGAGCAGCCCGCUCGGGCCUUAAUCGACUCAGGAUCCCUGUCGGAUUUCAUGUCUGCAAGGUUAGCGCAUCAGUUAGGCCUGGAAAUUUUCGAACUCACCAAGCCCCUGCCUAUACAGCUGGCCGUCCAGGGAUCUCGCGCCAAGGUCAACUUCGGGUGCCGGGCCCGACUCGAGUACCAGCGUAUUCGAACCGAGAGGUACUUCGAUGUGAUAAACCUGCUAAAUUACGAUCUAAUACUCGGAACUCCGUUCAUUUUCCAGCACAAAGUUACGCUGGGGCUCAAUCCUACCACACUAGUAGUUGGCAGCCCACAGGCUUUGCCGAUCGAGGGCCGCCAGGUGCGGACGCUACAGUCACACGCGGCGGACGUGCUGGACGACGUGAUCGAGGCGGCCCGAAAAGAUUUGUGUGAGUAUGCGGCUCCCAUAUGCAAGGAAGCUAGUGACUCACCGCUACCUCCUUUGCGGACCAUCAAUCAUCGUAUCCCCCUCAUAGACCCAGAUAAAGUCUAUACGUGGCGUCCAUCUAAGUGCCCGGACGCUCACAGGGAGAAUUGGAGGGAGAAGCGCGAUGCUUACCUCAAAUCA